AUGCCAGGCUACGCCGCCGCCGCUGGCCAUGGUCUGGCUAAAGUCCUUGGCAUCAAGCUCGAGGACCAGAACUCGUCGUCCCAAGAUGACGUAACUAGGGGAGAGUCCAUCAUGUCGAGGCAGACUAGUCACUCGUUCUUCGAGAGCGUCCCCACCUCUUCCGAAUGGCUUCAUGAGCAGGUUCCAUCCCGUCAAGAGGUGGCCGCGUACGGUAGGUCUUUAUUCCCUUUCCUGACAUGGAUCCGCCAUUACAAUUUGCAAUGGCUUGCCGGCGAUCUGGUGGCUGGGAUUACAAUUGGCGCAAUCGUUGUUCCUCAGGGCAUGGCCUAUGCCAUCCUCGCCAACCUUGACCCUCAGUUUGGUCUCUAUUCGUCCUUCAUCGGUGUUCUGAUCUACUGGGUGUUUGGUACCUCCAAGGACAUCUCUAUCGGGCCAGUGGCUGUGUUGUCCACAGUCGUCGGCAAUGUUGUCUCGGACCUGACUGCCACGAACGAAGAUGUUCCUGCCCAUGUCAUCGCUUCCGCUCUAUCCAUCAUUUCCGGGUGCAUUGUGCUCGCAAUCGGCUUGCUUCGAUGUGGUUGGAUCGUUGAUCUCAUCUCAAUCACCUCGCUUUCAGCCUUCAUGACAGGCUCCGCUAUCACAAUUUGCGUCGGCCAGCUUCCAUCCCUUUUGGGCCUCACGGGAUUCUCAAGCCGAGACUCGCCCUACAAGGUCUUCAUCAACACGUUGAAACAUCUCGGGGACACAAAUCUUGACGCUGCCAUGGGGCUGUCGGCGCUCGUCUUUCUCUACCUCAUCCGUUUCGGGUUCGCGACUGCCGCUGAGCGCUACCCACGAUUUAGGCGCAUUUUAUUCUUCGCCAAUACGAUGAGGACAGUCUUCGUCAUUCUCCUAUACACGUUGAUCAGUUGGGCCGUCAACCAUUCCAGGCGAAGCGAUCCGAUGUUCAAGAUCCUGGGAUCUGUCCCGAAGGGUUUUCGGAACAUCGGCGUUCCCGACAUAUCGAGUGAUAUUGUCUCUCAAUUUGGAAGAUACCUGCCGGCCACCGUCAUCGUUUUGUUGGUCGAGCACAUUGCCAUCUCGAAGUCCUUCGGAAGGGUGAACAAUUAUACUAUCGACCCAUCACAAGAAAUGGUGGCCAUUGGCAUGACAAACAUUAUCGGACCUUUCUUCGGCGCAUAUCCCUCCACCGGAUCUUUCAGCCGUACAGCUAUCCAGUCCAAAGCCGGAGUCCGAACGCCUGCUUCGGGAAUCAUCACAGGUGCUGUUGUACUUAUUGCCACAUACCUCUUGACCGCUGUCUUCUUCUACAUCCCGAGCGCCACCCUAGCUGCCGUCAUCAUUCACGCCGUGGGUGAUCUCAUCACACCUCCAAACACUGUCUAUCAGUUUUGGCGAGUCUCGCCCGUUGAGGUCUUCAUCUUCUUCAUUGGUGUGUUUGUCAGCAUAUUUACUCAGAUUGAGGACGGUCUGUAUGCAACUGUCUGUCUCUCAGCAGCCGUUCUCAUUUAUCGAAUCCUCAAGGCCAGGGGGCGAUUCCUUGGCAAAGUCAAGGUUCACUCUGUUCUUGGAGACCACAUUAUCGGAGAUGAUCAUCGUCAGGUGGUGGGAAUGUAUGGAACUUUUGACCACGUGGACAGCUCGGCGCGAAAUGUUUUCCUUCCCCUUGAUCACGGAGAUGGUUCCAAUCCCGAGGUCGAAGUUGAUAAUCCCUAUCCAGGCAUUUUCAUCUACCGCUUCUCCGAAGGCUUCAACUAUCCCAACGCCAACUUUGCAUUGGACUAUUUGACCAACUUCGUUCAAGCACACACGCGACGUACCAGCCCCGAGGACUUCGAGCGUCCAGGAGACCGACCUUGGAAUAACCCCGGGCCCCGGCAGUCGUCCAAGAGGCCCGCGGCGUCGGAUCCGAACCACAACCUGCCACCGCUGAAGGCAGUAAUUCUAGACUUUAGCUCUGUGAAUAACGUCGACAUUACGUCGAUCCAGAGACUCAUCGAUAUCCGGAACCAACUCGACUUGUACGCAGCUCCCAACAUGGUGGACUGGCAUAUUGCGUGCAUCAACAACAGAUGGACUAAGCGAGCCCUUAUAUCCGGAGGAUUUGGUGUUCCAGCUGGCUCACGAGACGGCGGGGCACAGCGCAGAUGGAAAUCCAUCUUUAGUGUGGCAGAGAUUGGUGGCAAAGACUCAGCAGCGGCGAUCGCCGAGGAUGUAGCCAACGAGCGGGAUCACCACCUGAGGGUAGAACAACGGAAGAAAGAUGAAGAGCUUGGCGAGUACUCUCCGUGUGAUGGAAUGCCACCCGGGGAGGCUGAGAAGCUCAGGAGACAGGGAGCUGUGGUCCACGGAUUGGAUAUGCCCCUGUUCCAUGUGGAUUUGACAAACGCUCUGCAGAGCGCAAUUGCCAAUGUUGAAGGGAGACCGGAGUCCAGGGCACUAUGA